GUCGAGUUUCUUAAAUGCGCCGCCGUCGCCCACUUCCACAGCAGAGCCGCGGAGCGCAGUGACCGGAGCGGCGGGGAAACACACACACACCGCGAUACCUUCUCUCCCAUAGCCGCCGUGGACACACUCACAUCUGCGGGCCCGGACCCAUCCGUCAGUUGCGUCGGUUUCCUCCAGCCUCCGACUCGUCAAGAGGACACGAGAGGGUUCACGAGCACCAGGAAGCUCCUCAGUGGUUCACACCUGGAUUAAAAAACGCGCAGCCGACGGUUUCUGUCUAAGAUCUUUAUAUAUUGUCUUCUUCUUCUUCGUCUUUUUUGCUGAAGGAGGGACAGGCUUUUUUUAUUCCUCUGUCACAAUGUUGUGGAAAUUAGCCGACAACGUGAAGUAUGAGGAUGACUGCGAGGAAAGACACGAUGGCAGCAGCAACGGGAACCCGCGGCUGCCUCACCUGCCCGCGGUCAGCCAGCACCUCUACAGCCCGUCCCCCGCCCUCUCGCACUCGGCCAGCUCGGACUUCCAGCCCCCGUACUUCCCUCCUCCCUACCAGCCCAUCAACUACCCGCAGUCCGGCGACCCGUACUCCCACCUGGGCGACCCCUUCAACAUCAACUCCCUGCACCAGUCGCCGUCGUCGAACCAGCAGCAGCCGUGGCCCGGCCGCCAGGGCCAGGAUGGGCUGGGCGCGCACGCACGGAGCGGACUGGCGAGUCAGAUCCUGGGCCUGGACGGAGGCUCCUCCGGGGUGAGGAGGGAAGGGUUCCGCCGGCCGGAGCUGCUCCCCCCGCACGCACACAGCCUCGAGUCGUCGGGGAUCGGGGACAGCAUGGGAAUGCACGACAUGGGCCACGGACUGGACGAUGUUCAACAUGUAGAUGACCACAGUAUUAUAAUGGCCGAUCAGACAGUUAUCAAGAAAGUAUUAGGACUACGAGGUGGCAGGAACCUUGAUCGCUUACAGAGGACUUAUUAUCAGGGGGGCGUUCUUGCGGGUCCCAUCACUCUACCCAAAGGAAACGCGCUGGGUCUUCCCUUCCAGAAAGAGUCCCUGCUGGGCAUGGUGUCAAAUCCCACCGAGGUGUUCUGCUCCGUACCGGGCCGCCUUUCCCUGCUGAGCUCCACUUCCAAGUACAAGGUCACCGUGGCCGAGGUCCAGAGACGCCUGUCGCCCCCCGAGUGUCUCAACGCAUCGCUGCUGGGAGGCGUCUUACGCAGAGCCAAGUCAAAAAAUGGCGGGCGUUCCCUGAGAGAAAAGCUGGAUAAAAUUGGGCUGAACCUGCCGGCAGGAAGGAGGAAGGCCGCCAACGUCACCCUACUAACCUCACUCGUAGAAGGUGAAGCUGUUCAUUUAGCGAGAGACUUCGGUUACGUGUGUGAGACGGAGUUCCCUGCGAAGGCGAUCGCUGAAUACCUCGGCAGGCCGCACGUAGAACGCAACGAGGUCAACUCCCGGAAGAACAUGCUCCUUGCUGCCAAACAAAUCUGCAAGGAGUUCACCGACCUGCUCACUCAGGAUCGAUCGCCGCUGGGGAACUCUCGGCCGGCUCCCAUCAUGGAGCAGGGAAUCCAGGGCUGCCUGACCCACUUCAGCCUCAUCACUCACGGCUUCGGCUCUCCGGCCAUCUGCGCCGCCAUGACCUCGCUGCAGAACUACCUGAACGAGGCGCUCAAGCAAGUGGACAAGAUGUACCUGAACUCCGGCAACGACACCCAGGGAUCCUCAGACAGUGGCAGCAAAUCUACCGACAAAAUGGACAAGCACAGGAAAUGAGAGCUCAGAGGACAAUCCCUACGAACUUGAGAACCUCCCCCCCCCACCACCACCACCCCCCCCGAGUCCCUUAAUCUCGCUGCCCUGUCUGCCCUUUUUGGACUUUUUUAAAAAUCAAUAUCUAGUAUUGUCCUUUUUGAAAGCUGAAUUUGUGCGUGACUGUGUAUGUAGGUACUGUAUGCUCGCACUGUUAGAUUCAUAUAUUUUUUAGAAGUUUGAGGAUUUCUAAAAAAAAAAAAACUUGUCACAGCCGGCUGCAGUUUCAGUCUGUUCUGGCACCUUAGAGGUUAACGCCCGCGGACCGAUCCUGCCGGGAGAGCGCCUCCUGUGAAGAUGAACCACACACCCUGUGGUGGCGACCCCUCUGCAGUCCUACACAGUUGCCAAUGUGCCAACGCUACAACCAUGGGACCUGCACUCUGUUGACAAGAAGAGGAAAAAAGAACAAAGUGCAUACUGUUUUUUUUUCCCUCCCUAGAGGACAUCAUUUCAAGAUGACUUGCUGUGGCUGUGAAUUCCUCUCAGCUUUUCCCCCUUCUGCUCCGUCUGGAGGCAAAUCCACUGAUUUCCUGUGUCUCAAUGGACUUGCAACAGGACAAUUUUUAUAUGAGGAAAAAGAGAGAGAAGAAUAUCCACUUCGUUUUCUUGACUUUUUUUAUGCUUGAUUUGUACAACCACUUCAAAAUGGCUCCAGUGUUAUUGUGCUUUGUUUUCACGAGAGAUGAUUUGAAUCUUAUGUAAGCCUGAAAAAGAAAUGACGACUUUGGGUUUGUCAAUCUGUGUUUGGUCAGAAACCAGAGACUUCAAAGUUGUUAUAAUAGAAGCCUCUUCAGUGUUCAUGUGGAUUACAGGCAUAGCAGUGCUUCCAUUGUUACUCUAUCUUUUAUACCGGGCGGUGAGAACAUGUUAUUUUCUGUGACUGUUAGGUAUUAAUCAUCAUUAGUAUUUAAAAACCUCACGUUGACAUCGACCCACCAACCAGUUCAGUCCUGCCGGAGUGUAUGCAUGUUGUGAGUGUGUGUGUAAAUGUACAUAUUUCCUUCUUCAAAAAAAUCUUUUAAUUAGACAUUAAAUUCCACACAUAGAAUUUUAUCCAGUGUCUUGUUCUGGAUGUAAAUAUUUUCUAAUUUAUGUUGUAAUUUAAUGGGCUUGUGUAAAUAAUGGUAUCAUUCUGGUGUAUGGUUUAACUUUUUAUGAUGAUGACGAUGAUGAUGAUGUGUUAAACUUUUAUAAAUGGGUUAGUUUUUUAUCGAGUAGAGGUUAGGAAGUGGGCAUGAUAUACCUUUUUUUGAAAAUAUGUAAAAAAAAACUGUUUUAAAGUUUCAGGAAAAAUGAAAAUAAAAAGAAAGACUAAAGUCUGA